CACCAGCUGCACUGCCACUCCAAGAGUAGCCUACUUUACCACUUAGGCUACUUUAUUGUCUAAGAAUGGAGGUUGUCACAAAAACGUCUUACUCAAACGGAAAGUCGAAAUGCGACGAGAAACAAUCAGAUGAAGUAUCCAGAAGUUCCUCCGAAAGUGGAGGAUGUGGGGGGCGAUUACGUCGUUGGAUACCUAUCGGGUUUAAGGACGAACUUAUUCAGCUCCUGAAGUUAGCGGGACCAGUGGUGAUAUCACAGCUGAUGAUCUUUUUGAUAAGUUUCGUCAGCACUAUAUUUUGUGGGCACCUGGGAAAGACAGAACUGGCUGGAGUGGCCCUUGCCAUUGCUGUGAUCAAUGUUACGGGUGUUUCUAUUGGCGCUGGGCUGGCAUCGGCAUGUGACACACUAAUAUCACAGACGUUUGGCAGUAGCAACCUGAAGCGGGUGGGUGUGAUUCUGCAGAGGAGUGUCCUGAUCCAGCUGCUGGCCUGCUGCCCCUGCUGGGCCCUCCUCAUCAACACAGAGGCCCUGCUGCUGCUCGUCCGGCAGAGCCCCCAGGUGGCCAGUUUAUCACAGCUUUACGUAAAGAUCUUCAUGCCCGCGUUACCUGCUGCCUUCAUGUACCAGCUGUUGGGCAGAUACCUUCAGAACCAGGGAAUAAUAUGGCCGCUGGUAGUAGUUGGAGCAGCAGGAAACAUUUUAAAUGCCAUCAUCAACUACAUCUUCCUGCAUGUGUUGGACCUGGGUGUAGCGGGAUCAGCUGCGGCCAAUUCCAUUUCCCAGUAUGCUCUAGCGGUGUUCCUGUACACAUACAUUGUCUGGAAAGGGCUUCACAAAGCAACCUGGGACGGUUGGUCCAAGGACUGUCUGCAGGAAUGGGGGGCGUACAUCAGCCUGGCGCUGCCUAGCAUGCUCAUGCUCUGUGUGGAGUGGUGGACCUAUGAGAUUGGCGGAUUUCUCGCAGGGCUGAUCAGUGAAGUCGAGCUUGGGUCACAGUCUGUGGUGUACGAGGUGGCCACCAUCGCAUACAUGAGUCCUCUGGGUUUCUCUGUGGCGGCCAGUGUCCGGGUGGGCAACGCUCUCGGAGCAGGAAAAACCGAACAAGCAAUCAUGUCUGGAAAGGUGGCAGUUGUGUCAGCAAUGGCCAUCUCUUGUGUGAUUGCUGUUCUGAUUGGUUGCACAAAAGAUGUGAUUGGCUACAUAUUCACCACAGACCAGGAGAUUGUUCAGCGGGUGUCACAGAUCAUGGUCAUGUAUGGAUUUUUCCACCUCUUUGAUGCCUUUGCGGGUGUAACGGGGGGCAUUUUGAGGGGCGCUGGGAAGCAGCUGUUUGGAGCUCUGGGAAUAAUCCUGGGAUACUACUUCAUCGGAUUCCCGAUCGGAGUGUCGUUGAUGUUCGCUGCUAAUAUGGGAAUUGUUGGGCUGUGGACUGGCCUCUUCGUGUGUGGUUUCAUGGCAUCGCUGGCGUUCGUCAUCUUGUUGGUGAAGAUGGACUGGAAGAAGAUCACCGUUGAGGCCCAAAAAAGAGCUGGAGUAGAAGUUCAGAAGACUGAAGGGGCUGUGCUGGAGAACAAAGCCAGCUCUAAAACCAAUCUGACAGACGAGGACUUAUCAGGGCAGACACACACACAGCCAGAGGGCGCCACAGAGCCAGAAGAGAAGAGCUGUAAACUAGAGACCGUGCCAGCUCAUGGGUCCCAGGUCACCAUCGUGGGUGAGGUGCUCUCCAACACGCAGCUGGUGCUGAGGCGGGGAGCCGCCCUCUUGUGUAUGCUCGUCAUCUUAGUGGUCGGCGUCCUGAUCAACGAGGUCGUGACUGGACGACUCAGAUGAACGUCAGUGUUGGGGACACGAGGGGCAGCCGCCGCCUGAUGGUUAGGGAGCAGGGCUUAACUUUAUCGUUUUUUUGCUCACCGGCCACCGUGGCUAGUGGUUUUCCCAGACUCACUAGCCAUUCAGCCUUCUACUAGCCAAAGAUUUGUUGUCAAUUUUUUUUUCUUUAGAAUAUUCCUGCAUUUGCACAAACAGUUAAUGCAUUACUGAGAUUUGUCAUACAAAAAAUGUUACCUGUCAAAGUAGCUAGUGAGACUGACAUCGUUACUAGUUUUACCAGCAUUUGGCAGGUUGGCAGGUGCCAAGGUCAAGCCCUGUUGGGGAGUCAUUUAUGGUUGAAGCGCCCUUGAGCAAGGCACCUAUCCCCAUAUUGCUUCAGGGACUCUAAUAACAAAAUGCACACUAUCACACACAAAACUAAACAUACUGUAUAAGACAUACAGCAGACUGACAAUCAAAUAGGAACACAGAGGGAAUAGACAACGUACACAUGCAGUACAUGCACAAAACACACACACAAACACAUAGAAAUUAACAUUUUGCAAACAGACUGCAAGCUUGAGUCUCCUUUAACACACACACACACACACACACACACACACACACACACACACACACACACACACACACACACACACACACACACACACACACACUGAAUAGUGAAACUCUGUAAAUCACUGCCAACAAAAAUUGUUUGUAAUAGAAAUAUCUGUGUUGAUUUAUAUUUGUGACAAAAUGAAUGCUAUUCAACAUGUUAGAAUGAUAUUGUAAAGGUUAUUUUGUGCAGUUCCCUAUGAAAUGUGAUACCAACCCACCAAACCAGCAUUUUUCUUCUGAAUUAAAUGUGCAAUAUGAAAUCUUAGUUUU